AUGUCUAAUCAAACUACUCUUCAAGGAGGGCCAUCAAUAUUUGAAAUUGAUCAACGUACAAAUCUUGGACGUGAAGUAAUUCGAGCUCUGCUUUUGGAAGGUCAAGGUGAUGAACUUACGAUCUAUGUCUCAAGAAGCCGAUUUGAAUACAUGUUUGGAGAAGUAGAAGGAGGAGAAGGGGAAGACGAGGACGACGAUGAAGAAAUAGCAGACGAAGACAAUGGCGGCGGCGAAAAUCAUCAAAGGUCAGUAGAAAAUUUAGAGAAGGUCGAGAUUCAAGAGUCUAUAAUGUGCUCGAUAUGUCUGGAUGGGAUUACUCCGUCGAGUGAAACAGACGAAGAAGAAGAAGACAAAGGAGCAGUUGGAAUUCCCUGUGGUCAUGUGUACCACCACAAGUGUAUCUUCAAGUGGCUCCUCAAGCAGCAAACUUGCCCUUUGUGUCGCUACAAGAUUACAAGCUAA